AUCUUAACCAAAAUAAAUAAAUGAAAAUCUAUAUAACUUAUGUUUAACUAAAUUAGUAUUUAUAUUAAAAUAUUGGUUUAAAAUUUUUACUUUUAGGUAUAAUUUAAAUUUAAAAUUUUAUUGCUACACAUGGUGCAAAAAAACACAUAAUUUUAGAGUAAAAAAUAAAGUGGAGUUAGAAAUGCCCAAACCCGUUCUCUAUCUUUCUCCUUGCAAGUGUAGGGUCAGAGACGCGAUACGGCACCGUUCAAAGAGUUGUAAAAAAUAAAGAGAGAAAAUGUAAAAGUCGUUGGCAUUUGAAUAAAGAAGCUAACUUUCCUCAUAUACAAUCUUUUCUUCUUUUCAUUUCUUGGCUGAUGUUUUUAUAUUCAUUUUUUUGUUAUUGGUAUAUAUCAUCACAAACCAUCAUCAACAAUCAAAACGGUUAGUUAUAUAUCAUAUAGUAUAAUAGAUGUCUUCUAAUACGAGCUACUACCGAUCGCCGUUCGGAGACACGACCUUCACAAAAGUGUUCGUCGGAGGCUUAGCAUGGGAGACUCCGACCGAGGAAAUGCGUCGUUACUUCGAGCAGUUCGGUGAGAUUCUCGAAGCAGUCAUCAUCACCGAUAAGAUCACCGGCAAAUCUAAAGGCUAUGGUUUCGUCACGUUUCGAGAGCCAGAGUCAGCGACAAAGGCAGUAGCCGAUCCAAAUCCUGUGAUCGAUGGAAGAAAGGCAAAUUGUAAUAUUGCGUCUUUUGGACAGCCCCGACCAUCGACGCCUCGAGGGAGAGGACAAGGAGGAAGCCCUAGUCAGUAUCAAGGCAGAGGACAAUCAGGCUAUUCCGGAAUGCCUGUUUCACUGCAACAAGCUGCGACUGCCCAGCUCAUGUAUCCGUCGUACGGGUACACCUACAAUUCUGAAUAUGGGUACCACCAAGCAUUAUACAACACACAACUCCAACAAGCACAAGCACAAUACUACCAACAGCAAAUGUACGGCGGAGUAGCAACAUCACCAUCAUCUUCCAACAUCAUGCCUUCUCCUUACUAUUACCUCCAAGCUCCAAGCCCUAGACCAUAUUCUCAUCAGCAUUAUGCUCAUCAUAUUAACCAUCAGCAGCAACAGCAACAACGCUUAACUUCUGCUUCUUCUUACCUAAUCCACCCAUCCAAUUUCGGGGUUCCUACUACUUUCUCUAAUGCCCCUUCUUCCCAAGAGCCAAUAUCUUCUUCAACCGAAUCACAAGCACCACAUCAAGUCUGUGGAGGAGGAGAACUCGAUGUAACGGAUGCACCUGAAAGUACAACAACGGACAACAGAGAGUAUACAUCAUCUUCUUGAUCAACUGCGUCUCCAACUUGUACAAUCUUUUGACAUUUUUACGCUCUCUUUCUCUUCAUCCAACAAAGAGAAAAAAGCUGAUUCGUUUAUUUUCUCAGCCAAAUCCAUGUAUGACUUACCAUGACUGUCAAAAUAAAGAUGGCUCUAUCUCGCCAUUUUUUUUUCUUCUUUCUAACGAAAUAACUAUUACAAGUCGACUUUGAUAAUCUUUCUAUGAUUUUAGAAUAAAUUGACUUUUU